CUCCCGCCGCUGACGUGAUUGGGGGGGGCACUGCGCGGUUGCCGCAACUGAGCUGUGUGUUGAGUCAGCGGUGACAGAGCGCAGGCAGCGAGACCGAGCACCCAGACUGCGCAGCCCACACCGCCAACCCGGAGCCGCCGCCACCACCACCGCCUCCGCCGCACCGGCACUGCGCAGUCUCGGUCACCGUCAAGCCGGUCUGCUCUGCCUCCCCACCGGGCCCUCUGCCCCCUGCACCCCGGAGGCCACAUCCUCCUCCGCCGCUCCCCCUCACUGCGAGCGCUGCCCGUGUCCCAGCUGCGAGGUGCAUGGCUGCAGCCGGCGGGGCCGUCAUGUCCAGGCACGAACAGAUCCUGAUCCUCGACCCCCCCAACGAGCUGAAAUUUAAAGGUCCGUUUACAGAUGUUGUCACCACAAAUCUCAAGCUUCGGAAUCCAUCAGACAGAAGGGUGUGCUUUAAAGUUAAAACUACAGCACCGCGCCGUUAUUGUGUGCGACCAAAUAGUGGCACAAUAGACCCCGGAACAACAGUAACAGUCUCUGUAAUGUUACAGCCAUUUGAAUAUGACCCAAGUGAAAAGAGUAAACAUAAGUUUAUGGUACAGACAAUAUUUGCGCCAUCAAACACAACGGAUAUGGAAGCUGUGUGGAAAGAAGCAAAACCGGAUGAUCUCAUGGAUUCAAAGUUAAGAUGCGUGUUUGAUAUGCCACAUGAACAUGAGAAGGCGGUACAUGACUCCAACAAAAUGUUUUCUAGUCUGCCUGGACCAAAAGGUGGCAGUGCUUCCAUGGAUGACACUGAAACACGAAAACUAUUGGAGGAGUGUAAGAGAUAUCAGUCUGAGAUAAUGAAACUAUCGGAGGAAAAUCAAGUUCUGAAAGAUGAAAGCCUUCGGAUGAGGAAGGCCGUUACAGAGAAGUCAUCCAAAGCAAUGCUAAGAGAACAAGGCAACCCUAUUCCAUCACUUGUUGUCGUUAUUGCUGCUAUUUUCAUCGGUUUCUUUUUAGGGAAGUUCAUCUUGUAAAUUAAAGCAUGAAGUGCUCACCUCCCACUUCCCCCCCACCUUUUUCUUUUCUUUUUCUUCCUGGCCAGAAAGUUGUUUACCUACCAUAUCAUUGGUAGCAUUGGCCCAACAUGGCUAUUUUGUGUACAGCAUCUUGUAGGCUUACCGCCUUUAAUAAUCCAACAAUUAGACAAACAGAAUAAAGGAAAAACUCUUCGGCUAUGGGACAGAAUUGUAUAUUCAUAUAACAUCAUCAACAAAUGUCUGUCAUACAUUCGUUCCUUAAUGGAAACAAAUUGUAAUCAUACUUUGUGGUUUUACGAAGUUUAAACAUGUUUUUUGUAAAUGUUAUUUUAAUCCUUUUAAAUUUUAUCUUUUGCCAUUA